GCUUCAGGCUUCAGCGCAUGAUAAGAAACGAGGAAAAUUACGAAAAGCUGAGCUCUUGGUCUUGUUUUAAGAGAGAGAGAGAGAGUAACUUCGGCAGCGACGAUAUGUCGAGUGGUGCGGAGAUCGAAAACCGGCCGGAGAAGCCGAGAUUUUCCCUAACUUGCAAUCUCUUCAGUCAGUAUAUCAAGGAGAAGGGUAUUCCAGCUGAUCUCAGCCUGGGAAUGGCUUCUCGCUAUCUGGGGAAGCGCGAGCCAUUUAGAGUUCGGAAGACUAUGAGCUUGCUUCCGGGCGUCGAAAUUUCCGGCGACGAUCAAACCGACAUAGCGGACGGCAUUCCGGUCCGAAACCCUGCGAGAUCCGUGGCUCCGGCGACCGAUACAAAGGCGUCGGAGAAGGCGCAGCUGACUAUAUUCUACGGCGGGAUGGUGCUGGUUUUCGACAAUUUUCCGGCUGAGAAGGCCGAGGAUCUGAUGCAGUUAGCGAGCAGAAGCUCGGGUAUGGUUUCUAAUAAUCAGAGCUUCUCUUUAAUGCCUUCAAACAAUCUGGCCGUCGUAGAUCGCCCAGCUUGCCUUGCUCCGGCUAAUUCUCCCGCGAGUUUUCCGGCGAAGCCGAAGCCGAAGCCGCACAUGUUUCCUGAUCUUCCUAUUGCAAGGAAAGCAUCACUCCACCGCUUUCUGGAGAAGAGAAGAGAUCGGAUUAAUGCGAGGGUGCCAUAUCAAAUGGGCAGUGACGAAAGCAUAAAAUCUGUUGCAAUUUUGAAGGAGAAGGAGAAGGUUGUCAGUCAGCCAUGGUUGGGCUUGGGUUCUUCGAUUACAAGCUUAUAAUUAGUAAUUACUGUAUUUUAUUCUUAGCUAAUCUUAUUUUUUAGAUCGUUAUUUUAAUCAAAUUUACUUAGCAGGAUUUGUACUUUUAUAUAAAAUAGGAUUUGAAUU